AAAAAAAAAAAAAAAAAAAAAAAAAAAAAAAAAAAAAAAAAAAGAAGAAGACAGAGAGAUUCGCUAAGUAGAGAUGGUGUAAAAAGGAAGGUGAGUAUGCGUAGAAAGACGGAGGCUUUUCAAUAUGUCGAAGUCGUCAAAGAUAGCUACCGAAGGCGAUGAAGCCUUUUUGGCAUCUGAGAUGAACGCAUUUGGCCGUCAAUUCAGGGACUACGAUGCUGCAGAGAGUGAGAGGUAGAAGGGCGUCCAAGAGUUUUAUAGAUUACAACACAUUAACCAAACUGUCGACUUUGUGACAAAGAUGAGGGCUGAAUAUGGACGAGAGCGAUCCAGAUCUUCUUAACGAGCCUCAGAUUCAGCACUUGCUUCAAUCUGCCGAAGCCAUCCGCAAGGAUUACCCUAAUGAGGAUUGGCUUCAUCUAACCGCUCUAAUCCAUGAUCUUGGGAAGGUUAUGACUCUUCCACAGUUCGGUGGACUUCCUCAAUGGGCUGUUGUUGGUGACACGUUCCCUGUUGGGUGUGCGUUUGAUGAAUCUAACGUACACCACAAGUAUUUUAUGGAAAAUCCUGAUUUUUACAACAAAGACUAAAAAUGAACAUUGAUAGCGAUCAAAACACGAAUAGAGAAAGCUGUGAGGAGAGGGAGAGUGGACCAAACAUCCUGGAGGUUGUGGGAACAGCUGGCGAGCCAUGCCAUGGUUGUGAAAA